GGGCAAUAAUAAACCUUUUAAUAAGGGUCAGGCAGGUAAAUGUAAGGCAGAGCGGGAGCAAUGCGGCUUCGGGGCAGCUCCGCUUUUUGUUUUCUUAGCUUUGGUUCGGAAGUGGGAGCGGGAAAAGGAACUGACAGCUCCCAGGUCGGUUUCCCGCCAUCCCACCAAGCAGCGGACCGUCCCGUUCUCCAUCUAGAAGCCAUUUACUAAAGCGCUCCGAAGAAAGCCGACCAAUCCUAAUCUUGGUGGGCGGAGGCAGCUAAACGCUCGUCCCGCCUCCUUUCAGGCGGCCAAUCGGGGCCCUCUCGCUUCCCCCAACCUCUCGCGGCGUUAUCUAUGGGCGACGCUCAGUUCUCGAACUACAGCCCCCAGGAGCCUCUGCGCAAGCGCCGCCUCAGCCAAUCGACGCGCCUAGCGAGGAGAAAUUAUCACCGCUGUGGGCAGGACUAGGCGAGACCCAAUCAAUCGAAAGGGGGGAGGGGAUGCUUUGCUGCGGCAGCGGAAGCAACACUCCCGACUGAGCCCCCUCAGCGUCGGCGAAAGAAGCGGCUCCGGAGGCUACUCCGAGAGGCUCCGCCGCCCCCUCGGCUGCAGGUAACUCGGCGGGCGAGGGGAGGGCUCGUUCUGGGAGCGGGGCGACCGGGAGAGGCGCCGCUCCCUCUGGCCAAGCCUCGCCGAGAGUUACUCGAGCUGGGCGCCGGAGUCCUCCUCACUCACGGCGGCUGCUUGGGGCGUUCGCGGCGGCCGCCGCAGCCUUUUUAUUCUCGCUGAACAUCCGGGUCCCUGGCCCUGCGCGUCUGUUUCACAUAGUGAUCAGGGAGGGAAGGGAGGCGGGCCCUGGCUACUCUUGAUUAGCCAUUACCUGUUUUCCCAUUGGUAGUCAGGCGUAGCCUGUGCGGGCUUUCCCAUUGGUUGGCAGGUUGUGCUGCCUUCUAUGCUGGGCUGGCUCGCCAUGGGGAAGUGAGGUGUUCCCAUUGGCUGCCCGCAGAGGGGGGCGGGCUUCGCGCAUGCUCUAGUGGGCGGAGCUUAUGCCGAGAGGAGAGCUCCGCCCGAAGCGAGCGAAAGGGGAGGGGCCUCGGGAGCCGCCCCUGACCGGCGACGGGCGCUGCUCCCUUUGCCGUCUUGUGCUGCGCGCUGCGGCGUCUCCGCUGCUGAGUGUUGGCUUCUCCCGUCAAGAUUCCGCACUAAACUCGGCCCGAUCCGCACUGUCUCGGAAGCCAAAAGUUGGAAGCGGCGGGUUUGCGGGCGGGUGAGCCGGCCCAGCUGUUGCAAGCGGCGCUGUUAUAAUCGUAUAGAUCGUAGUGGCCCUUCCACGACCAGCGCAGUUUAGGGUCGGGGGGUGGGGUGGGGCGAGGCAUUAGGCUUGUUUCCCAGAACAAGGGGGAAAGAGAGCAUCCCCGAAUAAGGAGCUGCUCCUGGAUUCCCCUAGAUCUCGCACUGUGCACGUGCAGUCAUUACCCCUGAUGACUUCAUGUUAGCUGCGUUCUGCUGCCAAGCAGGUAAUUGAGAUACUGUAGGUGUUGCCUGCAAUUGAUGUUAAAAGAGGGAGACAAACACAUGAAAGUUGAAUUUACGUUUGUAUUGCGGUGUCAUAAAGUGGUUUUAGAGUUGAUGGUGAUGUAGAAGUUAUGAUCAUGAAGGAUGUGAAGACGGAUUUAGUCUUCCCUAGCUUGCUACCAUCCAGGUGCAGUUUGACUUUAUCUCCCAUCACUCCUACUAAUUGGCCAUUCCAGCUGUCACCGAUGGGAGCUGGAGUUCAGAACUGGUUUAUGUGAUUACUGUACUGAUGUCAGGAUCCAACACCUAACACUCCAUUAUGCAGCCCGAGAUAUGCUUAUUCGGGAAUAAGUUCUCUGUUAAGUGGGGCUUUAUCUCUGGUAAGUGUGCACAGCAGAUGCUUAGCUGUUCAGUGUAGUUGUAUUGUUCUGCGUAGUUGUACGCUUCCUCUGGUUUCUGCAUGGCUGCUGUCAACAGAAGUAUAUAGUAGUUUGUGUAGAACUUUUGAGUUGUUUGGAAGCCCUCUGCCUGAGAUCCUGGAAACUAGACAGUAAAGUAAACAAUGCUGGUAUAAUUAGACCAAUGGUCUGGUUUUACAUUUAUAGUCACUUUCAGUGUUGCUAUGUAGCUUGCUCAGCUGUUGCACAGAUUUAGCUGAGUCUUCCUGAUUGCACUGGGGUACCUGUGUGUGACAGCUGUGUUGCUCACCAUUACCUUUACUGUCAUGUGUAAUCUUUCAAUAUAGAUUUACUAUUUAAUACCAACCUUACCUCCUUUGGAACUGCAUUAGGAUUUCAUAUUAUUUUGGAAACCACAGUCCAUAUCAGGACAGAAAUGUCAUUGGCCUCUGCAGAGCCAGUGUUUUUACUCUUACAGAAAUAUCCUACGUCUGCUUACUCAUAAGUAAAUCUCAUUCAGUUAAGCAGGGGUUCCUUCGAGGAAAGAGUAUAGAGAAUUAUAGCAAUUUACAAAGUACAAGAUAAUUACAUCUAUCAUUUAUUUUUAUUUAAAGCAUUUCUACCCUGGUCUAUAAUCUUUAAACUGUAUUUGUUUUGUGUAGUUGAUGGUAUGUUUAAUUGAUGUUCAGUACAUGAUUAAAAUACUUUGAUAUACAGUAGGUGUCUUACACAGAUGUUUGGAUAGCAACUGUUACUUACCGAUAUUACUAAUGCUAAUAUUGAGUCUUAAUUUCGUAAGUUAAUUAUAGCCCUGGGGUUUUUUCAGAUAGUUAGUAGAGAAGUCCUAACGUCAAAAUAUUGAAAGGUUAAUAUCCUCUGUAUACAUUUCUGGGAGUAAGAUUCAUUGAACACAGUGGGACUUAUUUCUGAGCAAACUUAAGUUGGCACUGUAAACAUUGGAUUUGUGCCAGGCCUAUGUAUUCCUACUUUAUUAUUUGCAUGUGGUGGUUGUCACUUGAACCUGUGUUACUAUUUUUAUAUUUCAGUAUAUUAACGCACCAACAUUUGUUUAUUAAGUUAUUGAACUUGGUUGAACUGUUUGUAUUUUGUAUUUUAACUAGAUGGAGAGCUUGCAUAUCAUUUGUCAGUAGCUACUCUGUGCAAACAUACGUAACCUAACUGAAUUUGCUGGGAUUCCUCAGUAACAAGGGCUUCAGUAAUGUGGAUGUAUUAAUUAUUUGUAAUUCUGUGUGUUCCAUAGGUGGAAAUGAGUUCUCAGCAGUUCCCCCGUUCAGGACCCCCUCCUGCAAGUCUAGGACCAGCUCCUCCUCCGAUCUCUACCAGUGGAUCUACUGGAUUGAUAAACCCAACAACUACAGGUAAGGCAACUACAGGAUUUCUAACUAAGACUUCAGUAUACUUUUUUGGAAGUAAGCUCCAUAGAAAUCAAAGACAGCAUUCCUGUGCCUUGCCUGUUUCUAGUCCUGUUUUCUUUCUAAAAUUUCAUGCAUUUUUCUAUUUAGUGAGUGAUGAACCCAGCCGAGAAAUGGAAGUUGCUCCCAGAGAUCAUGUGGUCCCUGGUGGCUCUCUGCAGUCCCGUGAAGAGAAGCAGGAAACAGUGGUAGUCCGGCCAUAUCCGCAGGUGCAAAUGUUGACUCAGCACCAUACGGUACAACCUGGUGUGCCAGUUACAGUAGCAGCUCCUCCAGCACAUUUAGCUCCAGCAGUGCCACUUUCUUUUUCUGAAGGUCUUAUGAAGGUAAUGAGAGCAUUGCUUUUCAAGUAUGGAAUAGGGGUAUUUAAUAGCACUAAUUUAAUGGAAUGGCAAAGUUAGCUCAGGCUAGAUUUAAGUUUAUAUAUUGCAACUGCCUUUGAUUCCCUGGGACAGAGAAGGUUGAAUACUGUUAUCUGGUACUUUCUAAAAAAAAUUACUGAAACCUUUACCAUUGAAGGCAGUCUGACAAGGGACUGGACUAGUACAUAUGGAUGUUCACAGUGAUGGAGCAGAUAUGUUUUCUGUUAUGCCAGAGGGGUAGGACUUGAACAAAUAGGUUGAAAUUACAAGGAAAUGCUCCCCAUUGGUACAAACUGUGCCUCAGCAGAUGGUGGGCCCUGCUUGUUAGAUGUUUUAAAGCAGAGACUGGUAAGCCAACAGUUAUGCUAUAGCAGCUAAUUUUCUGCAUUAGCAGGAGGUCUACGUGAUGUUUUCAGGUCCUUUUCAACUUUGUGAAUCUAUGAAAAACUCAGUCAAAAUAUCCUACUGCCCAUCUCUUAAACAUGCCACUAAAUUCUUCCUAAAAAUUGCUGGGCGCACUGGUCAUGCCCCUGCAAGAGCAUUCUAAUUGUCAGCUGUGCUGGCUGGGGCUAAUGGAAGUUGUGGUAGAAAACAUCUGGAGGGUACCAGUUGCUGAAGGCUUCUCUUUGCCAUGCAUGAAUAAGAACUGGAGGAGGAGGAGGAGGUUCACAGUAGUUAAUUGGAAAGAGGCAUCUUGUCCCUUGCAUCAUCUUCCCCGUACACUGAGGCUGGCAGUGAAAUGAUAAUCAUUGGUAAUCUUAAUCCUAAACAGUUUGGCUUAGAGAAAAUACAGCCUCACAGGUUUUGAGAGUUAGUUGCAUAAUUUCAAACCCUAGACCUAAUUUUUGUUAAGGGGGAGAGAGCAGGAUUACAAAAAGUUUCAAGGAAAUUGGUUGAUGGGGUAUGUCUGUCUGUAUAAUUAUUUGUGUGCUAACUCCCAGUAGCUGUCUCCAAGAUUAAAGCUUUUUGUACUAGUGACUUGAUCUUAAGAAAGCAAUAUUAUUGCACAAAGAUUCAUCUUUUCAUAUGAUUCUCUUCUGAGGAAUAAUGUGUAUAGAGAAAUUCAAAAUAAUUUAAUUAGACUGUGGCUACCAGUAAGUUUGUUACAGGUUUUCUUUUCCCCUCAGGGUAAGAUAACUGGUGCAUACUUGUGUUGUUUUUAUUUGUUCUGUUGCCACAAAUUUCUACGAACCAGUAGUUGUAUCUUUAUGUUCUUUGCAGCCUCCCCUGAAGCCUACCAUCCCUAGCCGCCCUAUUGCACCAGCUCCACCCUCUCCUCUCUCCUGCCCCACCAAAGUCCCAGGGCAAGUUACUGUAACAAUGGAGAGCAGCAUCCCACAGGCCUCUGCUAUUCCCGUAGCAACAAUCAGUGGACAACAGGUAAUCAUUUUCUUCUUCUAAAGUAACUUUUUUGUUUGUUUAAAGUCAUGGAAAGCAAAUGAAGCACUGUGAACUACAGUACCCACAGCCUUGGUUUGUAUCUCCUACCAUAAUAAUUCAUAUCUAACCUGUACAUUCAAACGGCUUAACUGUAGUGUGUGGUUGUAUAUGAAGCAUUUCUUGUACAUUACAUCUAGACGAUUUCCCCACACACAAUCUGUUACUGUCUGCAGGGACAUCCCAGCAAUGUGCACCAUAUCAUGACAACCAAUGUUCAGAUGUCAAUAAUCCGAAGUAGUGCUCCUGGACCACCAUUACACAUUGGAGCGUCUCACUUACCUCGAGGUACUUACAUAAUCAUCCCAAGAAAGUAUUAUGUUAAUAAACUUAUUCUGGACAAUGUUUAUACUGUGGUUAAUGCAUGCGUCAAUACCUUGGUAGAGUAGCUAUAAAGAUAAUGGCUGCAAUCUAGAAGUAACUAUUUUUAGCUUCUUGGUCUUGGGAAAGUGUAGGGUAUAAUUAGGGUUACAGUAGAAUAUGGUGUGCUGAUCCUUUUUUAAAAAAACAACAACACCCCACAUAUGUUUUAGGACAGGGAUAGCCAAUGUGGUGCCCUUCAGACAUUGUUGACUACAAAUCUCAUCAUCCAUAGCCAGCAAGGCCAACAGUUCAACCAGUGGGCAGGGUUGAUGAUAGUUGUAGUCCGGCAACAUUUGGAGGACACCAUGUUGGCUGCCCCUUGUUUUUGAUAUGCUGUGGAUCACAUGCCGUCUACAUUCUGGGCAAAUCCACCAUCUCUAACUGCAGUUAACAUUCAUACCGGUGUCAACUGCAGUUCAGAUGAACCAGAUUCUUUAUAUACCAGGGUUAACAAAUUGGCUUCAAGUCCUGUUCAAGAGAUUAGGCUCAAUUCAAUAUCCCUGUAAAAUAAUCUGCAGUUUAAGCCAGCUGGAGAAACUUCACGCAUCUGAAGGGAGGAGGGAGCGUACAGCUCCACAGCCUAUUCUCUCAUUGGUUUAUGCAGCUGAGGGAUAUUGCAGCUACACAACCCUGGUUGAUGUUACCACUUUUUCUUUCUUUUACGCUAAUUGCUUUGUUUAGCCAGCACUACUAAUUGCACUCUUAAUUCUUUGUGUCAUGUUUAAAGAGUUGUGGCCGCUCUUAAACUUUUUGAAAAGUGGACUGUCUUAGGGAUUGUCUCAGUUUUACAUGGGGUUUUCCUCAGGUGCGGCAGCUGCUGCUGUGAUGUCCAGUUCUAAAGUGACAACUGUCCUGAGGCCAGCUUCACAGUUGCCAAACGCAGCAACAGCUCAACCAGCAGUUCAGCACAUCAUUCAUCAACCUAUCCAGGCAGGUGACAAUUGUGCAGUAUGAUUGUUGUUGUUGCUUUCAGAUUCUUUUGGGCUUUUCUUAAGCGGGAAACCACUCACAUAGUUAAAUGAACUGCGAAAUCUGACAACUGGUUCUUGUGACUCAAAUUCUUCAGCAUUGCAGGCCAAGAUUUAAAGAAACUGUAAAGGGAGCAAACUAAUAAUAUUAUCCAAAGUGUGAACUUCAGAUUAACUCCCCCAGUUAAGAGCUUUCCAUUUUGUUUGAAGCCCUGUUGUUAAUGGUUGGUUGGCUUUUAGCUCCAUUUGUGUGCAGUAGUGGCUGACACACGUGGGGCUGCAUUGCUUUCCUGACUUCCCAGUGCUGCACUUUGCUGCCAGUUACCAAGGAGGAUAAGCAAGGCAGCAGGGAGCUCAGUGUGAUGCAAGCACAGUUGUGGAGCUUACCAUGCCAAGCUCUGUUUAUAUGUAAAAUAGUUCCUCGUUUGUAAGGUUGCUUUACAAAAAUGAUCUACAUAUUGCUAAGGGAGAAAAAUGUGUCUGGCAAUCAAAUUAUCUGACCCUUAGGAGACUCAGAGGUCCAUUUUUACAAAGUUUUGCUAUGUGUAAUUUCUUUACAUUUAGGCAGUGAAUAAUUUUUUUAAAUUAUUGGUUGAAAGCCCUAAUGUAAUACUUUUUCCUUACCUACCACAGUCCCGGCCUCCUGUGACAACUUCAAGUACCAUCCCUCCUGCUGUAGUAGCAACAGUGUCGGCCACGAGGGCCCAAUCACCCGUUAUUACAACAACGACAACACAUGCCACAGAAGCUACCCUCAGGUAACCACUACACCCAUUAACAGUACAAUCAUAGAUACGUUUAUUUGGAAGUAAGUCACUCUGUGCUCAGUGGAGCCUACUCCCUAGUAAAUAUGUCUUGGGAUUGCUUUCUUAAAUAAAAAAAGGUACAUUCGGUUAUUUAACUGAGGGCCACUUUACACAAUAUGGCCAUCUAAUGGGAGCUGCUUCAAACGGCCUCCCUAGGCAGCUGCUCCAUGAAAGGAGCCAUUCUGUGUGCAACAUCUUGCUAUGCAGCUAAACACCCUUUCACAUGGUGGCCAUAUAAUUUGAAACAGCAUUGAUUGAACUGUCCAGAAGAAAUGCUGUUGGUGCAUUAAUUCAUGUAAUGCACAAUGAAGAAGCCAUUCUAAGCUCCAUUGUGGUGUCUCUUCAUAAAAUGAGUCGACGGACUGUUAAGUGCUUUCAGAAAAAGAACCUUAGAUUGUCUUUUCCAGCCGGCCAACAUUGUCAAUUCAGCAGCACCCACCUUCUGCACCUAUCAGUAUUCAGCGCCCUGCACAGCCACGGGAUACAGCAACCAGAAUUACCCUGCCGUCCCAUCCAGCCAUAGGAACACAGAAACAGCAGCUUCACACCAUGGCUCAGGUAAAUAUUAUAAACACGAUCAGCACAGUUUCUUCCAUGUUGUUGUCUGACUUUUACCAUAUGGUUUUAUAAGAUAGUUGAAUGAGGUUUCAUGACAUGGCAUGAAACAUAUUGUUGGCCUGGACAGCGGGAGGGAAACUUCCAACCCACAAUCCUCCAUUCCUAAGUCUGGAGCUUCUUUCCUUUCGGGAACACAGUCUGCCUCCUUGCUUUCUUUAAUCUGCCAAGCAAGUCUAGCCUUCCUUUCCUCUUCUAGGUUGCUGCUUUUCUACUUGGUGUUUGAUAUACCUAGCAUCUUUCUUUUGCUCAGUCCUCUGGUGCUGCUGUAAGAGGCUUAAAAAGCCCUGUUGGUUCAUGGCAUCCUGCAGUGCUGUGGCUGAUAAUCUAGCUAGCUUGUGGACUCUCGUGAGCUGGUCACUUAGACCAACAAUGGGAGCCCAUCUACUCCAGCUCCUCUGUAAAGCAUCAGAUCGAGGGAAGUGCCAUCUCUGUUCCAAGAUUCCGAAAUAUGCCAAUCAUGGUUUCUUGACAGACAACUUUUUCCCCCCUGCAGAAAACAAUAUUUAGUACUGGUGCUCCAGUGGCAGCAGCAACUGUGGCCCCUAUUUUAGCAACCAAUACCAUUCCUUCGGCAACUACAGCUGGUGAGUAUCUACAGCUCAGCAUUUUUUAUGUACAAAUACAAAAGCCAGUUAUUAGGGUUGAAGUAUCCUGCUAAAGGACGCGGGUGGCGCUGUGGUCUAAAUCACAGAGCCUAGGGCUUGCCAAUCAGAAGGUUGGUGGUUCGAAUCCCUGCGACGGGGUGAGCUCCCAUUGUUCGGUCCCAGCUUUCUGCCCACCUAGCAGUUCGAAAGCAUGUCAAGUGCAAGUAGAUAAAUAGGUACCGCUCCGGUUCACCAGAAGCGGCUUAGUCAUGCUGGCCACAUGACCCGGAAGCUGUCUGCAGACAAAUGCCGGCUCCCUUGGCCUAUAGAGCGAGAUGUGCGCCGCAACCCCAGAGUCGUCCGCGACUGGACCUAAUGGUCAGGAGUACCUUUACCUUUAUCUUGCUUAAAAAAAGCCCUUUAUUUCUCAUAAUUAUUGGGUGGCACAAUAAAAUUAGUGUAUGAUUUUAACAUGUGAUUUUGGAGGCUAGGCACACAUGGAAAACACUACCCCAGUUACUGCAGAAGCAGGCUAGGGGUCUAACUGUUCUACAAGGAGCAACAGAAAUUUCCCAGCUUAGAAGUUUCCAUAUAUUUGUGAUAUACAUUUUCUGUCAAAGGCACAGACUCUGAAGAAUGUUUAAUUGUGUGUGCACAUUUCUUCCUUUCAGGUUCUGUAUCCCACACCCAAGCACCAACAAGUACAAUUGUCACAGUGACUAUGCCCUCACACUCCUCCCAUGCAACGGCUGUGACCACCUCAAACAUCCCCGUCGGUAAGAGCAUUAGUUCUGAGCUUCAUUGUCCUUUGAUCUAUCAUUUUAUUUUCUGCUGGGGACAGAAUGGACUAGGUACAUCAGGGGUGAGGAAACUUCUUUGCUUCCCACAGGGUAGCUUUGACAGGUGUCUGGUCCCACCUACCUGUUGAAACCCCUUGUGUGGGGUUUCCAAGCUUGAGAACUACAGCACAAUGGGUGUUGUCAGCCCUGUGCUUUGCAACCCUCCCUGCGCUGCUCCUUUCCACCCGUCUUGUUAAAGGUGAAAAGUAGCCACACUGGGUGGCUUCCAACAGUAGUGCUGGGUAGGAGAAGCAGGUUCUCCUGCUUGAGCAAGCCAUGCUCCUACUACCCAUCAGCAGAAUGGAGGUUGGGAGUGCAUCUUGCUCCAGCAAAGGAACAAUCAGUAUCUGUUUCCUAGUAUGAAUCUACUACAGUUUACUUUGUGAAUAACUGGGAUGUCUUUUUUCACUGUACAGCUAAAGUAGUCCCACAGCAAAUUACGCACACUUCCCCUCGCAUCCAGUCUGAUUACACUGCAGAGAGGAGUAAUCUCAUUCCUAUAUCUGGGCACCGGGCAUCUCCAAACCCAGUUGCCAUGGAAGCUAGAAAUGAUAACAGGUAACUGAAUGAAUUUACUCACAUAGGAUAGGUACUUAAUCAUCUUGGUUAUAUUGCAUGUAUGUUAUACAUGAGGACAUCUGCAAAAAUAUAAUGAAAUGUGUUUUGAUCUCUCAGUUAACUUAAGUAUCCAAAGCUAAUCCUAUGCGCACACAUAUCUGAGAGUAAGCCCAAUUGAACUUGGUGAGAUUAGUUUCUGAAUAGAUGUGCAUAGGAUUGCGCCAGCUAAGGCUUUGCAUAUUUCUGAUGAAAGAAGGGCUUGUGAUUUUGGAUUGAUUUGAACCAAUCUGGCUGAAAAGGCAUCUAGGUAACCAAGCCACAAUUUCUGCUUCCAGUUCUGUGAGUUAUGGACAGUGCGCUUCAAAUUCUACAGUUUGUUUAAAAGGGUGUGGAUUCAGGGAAUUGUCAGGUUCCCGAGGAGCAAAUAAUGCUGCAUGUCAAAUUCAACUCCUGCAUUUCAGGGCAGCUGUACAUGAAGGGAAAGGAGCUGCAUUGUUAGGAAGUGGAAAUAGUGUCAGGUGUAUACAUGUUAUACAAACAGACUGCAUAGUGACAUGAAGUACGUGCAAAUGUAGAAACCCUUUCACUUCUCGUCUUCUGUUUACUCUUUAUUGAAUUAUACUGUUCAACGUUGUCAGGGUAUAGAAAGAGGGUUUGAAUUUGGAAGCUUUUUGGGGUAUCCUUCCAAGUAGGUAAAUGUGAUGGCCCACAAAGAAGCUAGCAAACUAGAACAGUCGAUUGCAUUGCAACAAAGGUUAAUUAACAAUCACUGCUACAGUUCAUUUGAAGGCUACAAUUAUACUGUUGUGUCUAACAUUUAAUUUAUCUUCAUUCCUCUAGACAGUCAGUACCUGUUCAAUUCCAGUACUUCUUACCAACAUAUCCACCUCCUUACCCUUUGGCUGCCCACACUUACACACCAAUUACCAGCUCUGUAUCCACUAUACGCCAAUAUCCUGGUAAGGAAUCUCAAAGUUUGAUUUACAGAAGAGUUUUAGAUCAGCUACGUAAAUGAGCUUUCUGCAUAAACUUUUCUUUUUUAAGUUCAAAGUGGGGUUCCAAAGUACUUUGGGAAACAAGCAAAGGUUAUCUGGCAAAUUUAAUAUUUAAAUAAUUUUUAAAAAACCCUCUCUGCAAAGCUUGCUCAAGUCAAGAUAAUGAUGAAGCAGAUCAGCAAAGGAUGUUAGUUAUUUUGCUAAAAACGUCUGGCUUCGCAGUGGGUUUUCCUUUCCCUCUCCUCUUCCCUGUGCCCUCCUCAAAUCUGCUCAGGAGAAUUGGGGGAAUCUCCAGAAAAUACAGGGGGGUGCAUAGGGGGCCGAGAAGGAGAGGAAAUUCCAUUGCACAGCUAGAGCUCUUCGUGCCAACAGAACUACUUUGGUGGCUACCACAUAUGGUCUUUUUUGACCCCCAAACAUAGUGACUGCCAAGGGGAAUUUUUAAUCUAAAUGAUUUGGGGAAUUCUGCAGUUUUUAAGUUUUGGUGAUUUGCUGUUCUGAAAAAUUGGUAUUUUGUAAUUACUCUCAAAUUGACUUGUUUGUUUCUUGUGAUUUGUAUUACAAUGGCUACUGCUACAAACAAUAACAAAAAUCCUCCUGACAGUCCUCUUCCACCCUUCUCUUGGAUGUCCUGCUGUUUUUGGAAACAGGGGUUUGCUGUUAAAUCUAAACUGGCAAAUUGUGGUUUGUGCAAGCUCUCCAAACCAGGACUGACAAUGUGAAAUAACUUCUAAUAGCUUGGCAAUUGAGGUGAAAGUUUAACUGUCAAGUCUAUGCUUUGUGUUCUCAGCCAUUGUAUUACAUGAGCUCCACGUUUACAGCGUUCAGCUGCUCUAUUCCAAACUAUUGGAAUAUCCAGUAAUAACCUCUUCUAAAUUACUUCAGCUAAUCAGAAAACUUGUUAUAGCUAGACCCUAGCUGUGAAAGGGCCAUAUGUUUUCUUUGGAGUAUUGGAAUAGAUCUUUUUCUUUGCAUAUAUAACCUCAGCAGCACUCAUGAGGAUUAUUAUAAUUCAGCUUUAGCAUUAUGAAGCCAGUGUUGCUGCUGUAUAAAUGUAAUGCUGGAAGGGCUGGCUUAUGAAUCUUAUUUAAUCUGUUGGCAUCUUCAGCAGGACCACAGAUGUGUGCAUAAACUACAAGUAUUUAAAUACAAAAUCUAACAAUGCUGCUUGGCAACACAAGAUAAUAAAUUGGCUGUUUUGUGUGGAAGUAAUUAAGUCUAUUGUUUGGUAUUUCCAGUUUCAGCUCAGGCGCCAAAUUCUGCCAUAGCAGCUCAGACUGGAGUAGGAGUGGCCUCCACAGUUCAUCUUAAUCCCAUGCAGCUGAUGACAGUGGAUGCAUCUCACGCCCGUCAUAUUCAGGGCAUCCAGUCUGCGCCAAUUGGUGCACAGGGUAUACAACCAGCACCCAUCAGUGCACAAGGAAUACAGUCUGCGCCAAUUGGAACCCAAGGGCUACAUCCAGCUGCCCCAAUUGGCACACAGGGUCUUCAGACUGCACCAAUGGGUGCUCAACAACCACAAACUGAAACCAAGACAUCAGGUAACUAGCCAAGAAUGCUUGUGUUGCGAGCAAAAUUGUCCAUAACUAUUCCUCUUGGGGUUUGCUUUUUAAUUAAUCAUGUAAUUAUGGCUGCAGUACUACUAUGAACACCUAUUUAGAAGUUUUGUUGAGCUUGGUGGGGUUUAUGAUUAAAAAUGCAUAGGUUUGGGCUGUCACUAACAUGGACAACUGCCAUUUCUGUUUCUGACUCAAACACACUGCUAGAGUCACUUAAACAUUUUAUUUUGUUUACCAGUAUCUGCUGUUCCCUAUCUCCUAGCAAAAAUAUAUGAUCAAGUUUGUGGGUGGUUUUCUUAAGCUAUGGCUAAUUAGAGUUUUAAUCCUGUGUAUACAUUUUUGAGAGAGCCCCAUUGAACACCUUGAGUUAACGUUUGUAGAACUGAGCAGCAGAUAGUUUUAAAACACUAAGCCUGAUACCCAAUUUUGGUUAUACUCUUAGUAGAGCAAUGUAAAAAGAUUGACUUAAGUCUAUUGCGUUCAGUGGUUCUGCUCCUGAGUAUGAUUUGGAUGGCUGUCUCCUUAAAUUUGGCAUUUGUUGAGCAAGCAUAGAAUGGAACAACAUUCCCACUUCUUAUUUUAAGAGAAACAGCUUCUGGUUAAAUUUCUCUCGCUUUUGUCUGCUACCUCCCUAUAACCUUUUUUGUUCCUUCCAUCAGUGGUCUUGGCAGAUGGAGCCACUAUUAUGGCCAAUCCAAUCAGCAAUACAUUCAACACUGCUCCAGCUUCAACUACAGUGGUACAAACCCAUAGUCAGAAUGCCAGUUCUAGUACACCAGCCCAGGGUUCAUCCCCUCGCCCAAGCAUUCUCCGGAAGAAACCUACUACAGAUGGGUGAGUAAAAUUGCAGCUGCUUUGAUAAUGUGCAAUCUGCUUGCCACUGUACAAGAAAUAGUGUCGUAUCUAAUAAAACCAUCCUGUUGGUGCAAGGAUUUGUGCCUGCGCAAUGGGAUUUCCUCUCCCUCCACCCCCCCAUGUCUUCUGUGGAUUCUCCAGUCCUCUGUAGGAGAUUUGGGCCAGGUGUGCAGGGGUGGGAGAGGGAGAAGUCUCAUUGCACAGAUGAAAGUCCUUGCACCGACAGUACAAUAUUGUUGGAUACAACCUUGUAGCAUUCUGUUCAUCAGUCAUCUUACGUAUGCUGAGCAUUAUGACAGAACCAAUAAAACAUGUGAGAACUCAUGGAAUAUGUAUUUAUUAGUGAAGACUUAUACCCUGUCUUACCUCCAGUACGUAGCUCAAAGCAGCUUACAAAAACAGAGAUGUGUGUAUUUUUUAAAAAAAUCAAAACUAAAAACAGAGUAACUGAUCAGUGAAAUAGAAGAGUAAAAACACUUCACACAGGGACCAGGCAGUUUUUUAAAACUUGCCACUGUAGGGGGCAACUGUAUUUCUUCAGGAAGUAAUUUUCAUAGUCUGGAGUCAACGGUGCAGGGAGCGCUACAGAAAAUGCCUUGUCUCAUGUCAGCGGCCUCCUAGCAUUUUAUGGGAGUGGGACCAUAAGCAGGGCCUCAGUGCUGACUUCAAGGCACAAGUUGGCCAGCAUAGGGAGAGCUGUUCUUUUAGAUAACUAGGUACCAGGUCAUUCAGGGCUUUAUAUGCUAAUAGCAGAUCUUUGAAUCAGGCCCAGUAACUCACAGUCAGCCAGUGCAGAACCUUAGAAAUUAGUGUUACAUGACCCAGGCUGUCCAGCAGCAUUCUGCACCAGCUGUGGUUUCGUAACCACCUACAAGGAAAGAGCUCUGUCACCUGUGUUUGGUCAAACCCGCUUUACAUCUUAAGUAAUCUGUGCUCUAGCCAUCUUCCGACAUGUUUCAUUGCCCAAAGCCUCUUGGGAAACCAGGACUGGAGAGGGCCCCUAGGUGCAAUUGUGUCAGUGGCCUAUAUCAUCUUGCUUUUCCACAGCAAGACUAGGGUCUUGACAGGAGAGGCAGCUGUUCUGUUUGGAAAAUUUCCCUGAGAAUUCGGGAAUCUUUUGGAUUCCGUUAAUCUGCUGGAGCGAACAUUUCUAAUCAGCCCCCCAGCUGGAGCCUAUAUAGGAUAAAUACAGCAGAAGAGAAUAAUAGUACACCACUUUUAAAUUAAGCACCCUUGGCAACUAUUGUAAUAGUUUUGCUUUUCAGAAACUACUAUAUUCAUGGCUAUUUUGCAGGUUGGCGGUUAGGAAAAGCCUCAUCCCUCCGCAGCCAUCUGAGGUAUCUGGCGCUCGAGUGGAAAGCUCAAUGAGGAGUGCAUCUGGAUCGCCAAGACCAGCUGGGUAAGAUCUCAUAAUAAAAAGAUAUGUAAAGCAUUCAAAGUACUGUAAUUCUAACUUGGCAAAAAGGUGAAAGAGAUGCUGGCUGUUCUUACCCAUUGCAAAAUAAUAAGCUCCGUGGAGACAGCUGGUGCAUACUUACUUCUGGGUAAAUGGGAGUUCAGUGAAAUAUUCAGUGAUGAUCACUGAGCUGUGCAAGCAGAUUAGGACUUGGGGGACAUAAAACAGGGAGCUAUUUUAAGAGUAUUGAAUUACUUUUCCUCAGAUCACUACAACAUGCACAUAUUGGCCAUGUUCAGAUAUAAGCCUAUGCAAAGCUAUAGUUAGGCAAGAUAGUCUUGCCAAUGAGCCAUAUGAUGCUGCCUACAGUUUUAGCAUUCCUUGUUUUUCUCUCCCCUUCUUUGAGUGGGAAAACAAACCACAGAGCAGGCGGCUUAGUGGAUCAGACAAAAAUGUGUUGUCCAAAAUGGGGUCCAGUGUACUGGGGAUCAUCUGUUAAAAUGUAUUCUUAGCUUGAUGGUUUUUAGCAUGUAAAUUUGACUGGCUUACUGUCAAAUUCUGUCCAAACCAGCACUCCUGGUUCCUUUCUGCAUUUGAAAAAACAUGACCAGGAAGCCAAUGUUCUUGGUUUCCUGAAUGUGAUUUAUUUGGGAGAAACAAAUCAAAGGUUCUGAUUCAGGCAUAAUGCUAAAACCUCUUUCAUUUCAGACCUCAUUUUUUGAUAUAGCACUGGAACAGAAAGCUUGUUGCUUUCUGAUGUUUUUACAUGGUAUUGUCAAGAUUCUGAAGAAAAGGCAUUAAACUUGGUGACUGUAUUUCACCAUUUCUGGUGGGCUUGUACUACUUAGAUUCUGGAAACCCAGACUUCCAUCUACUUAUGUGAUGUCACCAUAUUGUAAGAUAUGUUUCUAGAAAACUGGAAAGAAAAAAAAACCAGAACAAAAUUAAUCUUUCAGAGGCUCUGCAUUUCUAUACAGUUAUGGUAGUAGGAUCUUGAAUAAGUGAAACUGCUAACUUUUUCGUUUUUUUGUUUUGUUUUGUUUUGUUUUGUUUUGUUUCGUUUCGUUUCAUCUAGUGCCAAGCCAAAACCAGAAAUCCAUGUGUCUAUGGCCACUCCAGUGACUGUAUCUGUGGAGGCAGUAUCCAUUCAGAGCAAUGAACAACCUCCAAUUGCAGUCCCCACUUCCCAGCAGCCACCAGCUGCCAUUCCAACCAUCAUCACAGCAGCUAGUCCACCUUCGCAGCCCACAGCUGCCCUGUCAACCAUUCCAGGAACUGUUCCUGCUGCUGCACCGACUUCAACCACAAUUGUGGCAGCUCCUCCACCUCCACCAGCCAUGGGUGGCGUCCUCUCUACAGUAUUGGGCCCCGUUGUACCAGAGAUAAAAAUAAAAGAGGAAGUGGAACCCAUGGAUAUAAUGCGGCCAGUCUCAGGUAGAUUUCUGCUUAAGCAAUUACAAAUGAGAUGCUCAAAGUAGGUACAGAAGCUCCACAGCAGAUAAUAAUUAGAAAGAUUGUUAGCAGCUUCAUUUUAAAUUAUAUUUUGUUUGAUUUUAGUAAUGAGGGUCAGAGUUUAUUAAGAGCAGGGCCACAGCUAGCAUGUCACUGAAAGCUACAAGAGUUGCAUAGUUAAAAUGGCAGGUAGAACUAAAAGAAUACAGUGGUACCUCUGGUUAUGAACUUAAUUUGUUCCGGAGGUCCAUUCUUAAGCUGAAACCAUUCUUAUCCUGAGGCGCGCUUUCACUAAUGGGGUUCAUGCUACGUGAUUUCCGUUAGCAUCCUGGGGCAAAGUUCGCAACCAGGAGCAGCUACUUCGUAACCAGAAGCGUUUGUAACCAGAAGUACCACUGUACACUUGCUAUUAAAGUUUGCGGAGAGAUCAAGCAUUAGUGCUUAAUUCUGCUCUGUAGUAAACACUAAGAGAACAGUUGUGCAGCCUUAUAGUCUCUGUUCAAGGCUUUCACUCUUAAAUUCAAUUUGUUAAGGAAUUUCCUGAAAGUUACUUUUGCCAUAGUAGUUAGCAUGUCAAACACAAACUGCCAAUCGAUUGCACUAAAGGUGCCUCGCAGCUUUAUUGGGAACUGAAGGAGCCCAAACGCUGUCAUAGUAACCAUAAUCCCAGAAAAAAAGAGAUCAGGGAGGACUGAAACAAAAGACUUUGUUUGCUUAGCUCUGCUCACUCCUAUUCAUGACGUAAGGCCAAACCAUUCAAAAGAAAAUCUCGGGAAAAGUAUAUAUAAAAGCUCUAAGAUCCUUGAGAGGAGGGACUCUAGAAAAACAUAAUGUUCUCCUCUUACAAAGGCACUGCACUGGCAGUUAGCAUCUGAUCUCUAGCCUUGCAGUCUUUGGAAGACAAGGGUGUUGGCUCUAAAGCUGCCUUUGUUUUACCUGUCAGUCUCUUAAAACUUGUCCCUUCCUGUCUUCUCUUUCAGCAGUUCCUCCACUGACUACAAAUACUGUCUCCCCAUCUCUUACACUGCUGGCCAACAACCUUUCAGUGCCCUCAAGUGACUUGCCACCUGGUGCCUCUCCAAGGAAAAAACCACGAAAGCAGCAGCACAUAAUCUCUACAGAGGAAGGGGAUAUGAUGGAGACUAAUAGCACUGAUGAUGAGAAAUCCACUACCAAAAGCUUGCUGGUAAAAGCAGAGAAGCGCAAGUCACCUCCAAAAGAAUAUAUAGGUGAAUGGAAAUAAAUAAAUUAAAUAAUUGGUUGAUUGGUCGUUGUCUUCUCCAAGUAAUACCCAUCCACCCAAAAUGUAAGAUUGCCACUAGAAAAGGAAUUUGAGCUAAAAAUGAUCAACUUUGGGUCCGUCUGUCCCCCACAGAGAUCAGUUUUUCAUGGCAGAUUAUUAUUGGGGUGGGGGGGGGGGGAGAGCUGUUGGAGCUGAAUUAAUCUCUAAUUCAAAGUAUGCCGGCCCUAUCGUGGGAUCACAUUUUCUUUCCUAGCUCAAAACGCAAGCACCUUAAAAGAGGCUUUAGUUAUUUUUCUCAAUCUUGCUUUAGAUGAAGAAGGUGUGAGGUAUGUGCCUGUACGUCCUCGGCCACCCAUAACACUGCUUCGCCACUAUCGCAACCCAUGGAAAGCUGCCUACCAUCACUUUCAGCGGUAUAGUGAUGUCAGAGUGAAAGGUAUGUCUUCCUGUCAUUACAUUUUGCAUGGGUCGGUGAACAGAUGUGUUACAAUAUUAGACAGGUGUCUACUUGCAAACAUUUAACCUCUGAUAUAGGAUGUGCAGCGAAUUGCCUAGAAACAUAUCCACCAUCUAAAGCCACUAUAAUAUUUGUACUGCAGAGGCAGUGCUAAUACAUAUCAGUUUUCCUAUUGUUACUGAGGUUUAGUUAUACAUAAGGUAAUCGAGAACCUCAGCUGACAGGAAAUAGUCCCCGUAUAGUUGCUUGCUCUCUGUGUGUCUGACUAGCAAAAUGAAUUAUGCAAGAAAAGUGGGUGCAAGGAGACUUGCUUACUUUGCAUUAUGUAUUUAUUGAAUUUGACUUUUGGGUUUCUACAUAUAUAGUCCCUGGCUAUUAGACAAACUAAGUUUACCAACACUCGAAUACAAAGAUUCAAAGCAAGCCCCACUCCACCCCUGUUCAGAUCACAAAAUUUGGCUGUUGCAUUAUUGCACAUCUGACCCUGGAUCCCUGUUCCUGCAUUCUACCAACAUCUGUGGUCAGGUUUCACAUACCAGGUACACAAAUGACUGCUGCAGUAAACUUAGUAUUUUUGUAGCUCAAGGAAUAAGGUACAUUUCACCCUUUAAAAACUCAUUAUUUGCUUGUGUCUCAUAUUUGACUCUUGUUCUAGAAGAGAAGAAGGCUAUGCUGCAAGAGAUCGCUAAUCAGAAAGGUGUAUCCUGCCGUGCGCAGGGGUGGAAGGUCCACCUUUGCGCAGCACAGCUAUUACAGCUGGUAAGUGGGGGAAAUGGGGUAGUUUCAUAUAAAAUGAGGAACGAGAUUCCUCCAAGAAAAGCCUUAGCCCAGGAAGCUUUCUGAAAGGUGAUACAAAACUAUAUACAUAUAUAUAGAUAUAUAUAUAGAUAUAGAUAGAUACACACACACACACACACACACACACACACAUAUAUAUAUAUAUAUAUAUAUGUAUAUAUAUAUACACACACAUACACACACACCAUUUAUAUUAUUUUUAAAAAUUGCCACCAGAUUGAUAAGACUAUUGGAAUUGGAUUCCCUUCAAGAUUGAGGUUGUAGGUUGCAGUUGAGUAUAUGUAUAUCAGGUAUGAAUGGAGGGCUUGAUUCAGGCGUAAGAACUGAUGCAUUUUAUACAGAUGCUCAAAACUGGCAAAUCCCUCUGGUGCACAAAUCUGAAGAAGUGUCUGGGAUUGUGCUGCUGACUGGAGGAGGCAGCACUGUUCCACAUUCCUGGAUGCUUCUGUUUCAGGUUGGGGUGAUGUAGGUGCUUUGUAUUCUAGCACCAAGCUCCCAAGGCCAUGAGGAGUACUAUGGAAAUGUGACAUUACAUUGUGUAUGUAAUUUAGGAGUGCUGGGGCUGCUGAUGGCAUGUGAAACUAGGUUUUGAUCUAAGUAUAAGAGAUGAUGGUAAGAGGACUAGAACCUCAAAGGAUAUCUUUCACAGGCAUUGGAUGACGGUUACUUGUAUAUAAUAGGGAGUUACUGUUUCCCUAUUUCCUCAUUCUGAAGUGGGACAGCCCUGCUUCAUUUUGAAGCAUAUUUCAGAGAGCAUCCUACUGCAGUUGCAAUAAAGAUGACAUUGUAACCUUAAGAAGAGGAACACUGUUCUGUCAGCAGUGAAAAAUAGUACUGAAUCUUUUGAAAGCAGUUAUAUGAGCAGAUGGAAUUUUUAUAGCUUAUGUAGCCCUUGAUAUGAAACAGUGAGAAAAUAUUAGGUAUUUUUGCCAAAUUCUAAUAUUUUAUAGACCAACCUGGAGCACGAUGUGUAUGAACGACUCACCUCCCUGCAAGAAGGGAUCAUUCCCAAGAAAAAGGCAGCAACUGAUGAUGAUUUGCAUCGAAUAAAUGAACUGAUACAGGUAAAGGCUUAUUGUUCACUCCUUCAGUUUGGUGAUUUGCAAUUGAUAUUUUUUCUUAAUUUAAAUGGUGGGACAUGUUUUUUAAACGUGAAACAAAGAACUGUUAAAAGAGGGAAGUAGAAAAUGAAGCAGACUAAACAAACCACACAGUAUUUUAGUAUAGCCACUCAAAAUAUUAAAAACAACCACACAUAUGGUUAUUUUAAAAAAUGAAUAAUUUGGGAUGUGUUUAAACACUACAACAAAUAGAAAAUAGAUAUUCACAGGUUCCAUGGUUCCGUGUAUCAUUCAUAGCCUGAGCAUAAUAUAUAAUUUCUAAAAGUGAGGGGACACAGACACGUGGGGGGAGACAGAGAGAAGAAGAAGAACUAGUCCAUUACUCACAGAAACCUCCAUCCUCUUUGUGGCAGCCAUAAGGAAGAUACCCAUUUUUAAUUAACUGCAGUUUAUUAUUCCAUUCAAAUUCUAAAUUAUGAUUAAUAUUAAUUAUGGUUAGGGAAACAAGCCAACUUAAUCAACCAUGGUUUGAAAUUGGCUUGUUUCCCUAAACCAUAAUUAAAAAUAACUGUUGAUCCAGGUUUGGACAUGACUCUCCUCCUUGCCACUAUGCAAGAAGUGGAAAGGGGAGUGGGAGAGCGCACAAGCUUCAUCCAAGCAGCACUAAGUUUAGCAUUGCGUCCAAAUGAGGUUGCUUUCGCCUUGAAAGUUCACCAUUAUUACUAUGUGUCUUGAAAUGCAAAUGUCUUACAUAAUACAUUUGAUGUAGAGAGUCUAAUUUCCCAGAUUAUUAUUAGCAGAAAGUGGAAACAUACUUGUUCAUCUGUUCCUAAACGGCUGUUUCAUUUGUUUUAAAAUUCUUUAGGUCAUGUACUCUCUGACAUUUCAAUGUGGUUGUUUAAAGAUUACUUGUGUGCCUAGGAGGCAUUCAGCUGUUUAAUAUCAGUCCUGUGUUGUGUUUCAGGGGAAUAUGCAGAGAUGUAAGCUCGUAAUGGAUCAAAUAAAUGAAGCUCGAGAAUCCAUGCUAAAGGUCUUGGAUCACAAAGAGCGUGUUCUGAAGCUUCUCAAUAAGAAUGGAACUGUCAAGAAAGUUUCAAAAUUGAAGAGAAAAGAAAAAGUCUAGAGCCAGAGGUAUAAAGACUCUGGAAACAAAGGUUGUACAGAACAGUGUUAAGGCUCUUUUAAUUGGGGGUUUGUUUUAGAGAGCUACAUCUGAGUAAGAAGGACGAUGGAUGGAUACGUUGGAGCCCAAUGACCUUAAGGGAUGAUUAUUGAUCUAUCAAAGAAACAAAGAUUUUUCUCAGGCUUGUCCCUGUUUAAACUCUUCACAGUCACAUUUUGUUUAGCCCUCUUGAUGUGCCAGUGCCUAUUAAUUGGAACCAUUGAUGCAAACGUGAUAGACAGUCCUCGCCCUUCCAUCCUACAGUUUUAGAGAUAACUUCACAGGUUUGUACAAUGGAUUCUGCAGCAGACCUCAAGAACCAUCUGUCUUGAAACUGUUUGGAGAUGACACUACUUCCACGUAGCCAACUCAGUUUUUUGCUCCUUAAGAUCUUGCAGUGGCUAGAGCAGCCUUCAUAAACCCAGUGCCACUUGCACUGGUGGUUCUGCUACAUUUAGAAUCUUAAGUGGUUCUGAAGUCUCUAGCUGUCUAUUUUUUAAAAAAUACAUUUCAAAGUGAUUUGUAGUGUUGUGGAGUGUGUGCGUGUGCCCAUGUUGGUGCUCUGGGAUAUUGUUUUCAAAGUACUCUCAUACAGCACAGUACUUCCUGUAGCUGGUGUGAUGCUCUUCAUUGUGUUACAUACAAUUUGUGCUAUAUGACAUCCUGGAAACAUGAAUAAAGGAUUUGGAGGAUUUUGUAUAAUAA